AAUGUUUAGCAGGCUAUUAAUACUACAUUUACAGGUUACUGCCGAGGCCGAACUAAAAACUUUUUGAUGUUAACAACACGAACGGGGAUCGGUACAUUCAAGAAGUAAACCUAAUGAACUGAAUAAUUAAACUACACAAAAAAAAAAAAAAAAAAAAAAAAAAAAAAAAAAAAAAAAAAAACAAAAAAAAAAACAAAAAAAAAAAAAAAAAAAAAAAAAAACGACAAUAAAAGUAAAACAUUUAAUUUUUAUAACUGUUUAAUUGUUAUCGCCUGUUAAGUUAAUAGUUAACUAAUUAACUAUUACUAUUAUUUAUGAAUGAAAAACAAUUUUAAAUUGGUCACUUGCUCAACUUGCUUUUAUGCACUUGUGACUUGCACUUUGCUACUUCUUUUACUUAGUAAUUAGUAAUAUAAUAUUAUAUAGUAAAAGUAGUCAGUAGUAGUAAAAGUAAGUAAGUAAGUAGGCCUACUACAUGUAGUUGAUAGUUGAGGUUGAUUAUAUUAUGAUUAGUUGCUCAUUUUCCACAGCUAAUAUCACUAAUAAUGGAUAACUAAUUAGGCAAUGACAAUGAUAUGGUUGUUGAUAAAUGAUAUAAAUGAUUAUGAUAAGCCAAGCAAAAUUUGAAUAUACCCCCCCCCCCCUUUUUUUUUGCCUGUAAGAAAAAACAUAAUCCAGUUACAAGAGCACACUGCACAGGCUUAAAGCCCAUGGGCAUGGGCCAUAUUAAAAGUUGACCUCAAAUGGGAUUACAAAGGGAUUUAUAAAAUGGAAUCGCUGUCCCAAACAAUAUACUAUAAAAAGAGAAGUAGUGAUCUUUAAAUAUUUUCUUUUUAUUUGCUUUCUUAAAUUUUGAGUUACAAUUUCAAUCAGGUCAUUGAAUAUGUUGCCAAUUACAUUAUAUUAUAUUGGAAAAUUAAGAUUAAGUUUUACCAUGUUUUCUUUUCCAAGAAUUUAACACGUCAUUUAAAAUCCUUUUUUUUUUUCAAUAUGUGUUGGCAAGGGCACUUUGCUUCUAUUUCGAUAUGAUUCUGAAUGUAGUCCUGACUUGAAACCGCUUGAGAACCUGUGUACUUGAGCUACUAAGAUGAAUAAUUCCAUGCAGUUACCUAGAUUUUACUGGCCUUGCCAUAUAGAGACAAUCUGUGACUUGCUGAAAAAACAAAAAAAAAAACAAAACAAACAAGAUUGACCAGAUUUAUAUUCUAAAAGUGUGUACCUGGGAUGGGAAAAUUUCCUGGGAAAUCUUUUGUUUACUAAAAAUCGUUCAGGAUCCUGGGAGAGAAAUCCUUUUUUAAAGUCGGCUGUUGGUUUAUAUUUUUAAAUUUUUAAUUCAAACAUUGAUAUGUGCUAUGUGUGAAGUCUGCCAUCAUAUCAAUGAGUGUCAUGACUCAUUAUGUUAUAGUGGAUACAGGUAUCCUUCAUAUCAAUCAUAAAAUCAUAUGGAAUCACUUUUACUUUUGUCAAAACUUUUGAAAUGAAAUUGUUUGAAUAAUGAUAAAAUGUUAGCUAUAAAAAGUAGACAGGGGAAAAAACAUUAGGUCUAAGCACAAAAUUCAUUGGAUUGAACCUUAUUCUUUUCUAACCCAGCCUUUGUUUAACUAUUUUUUAUGCAAACCUAAGGCAAUACCUAUGUAAUAAAUUAAUAAUUAUGUAUAUAUUUUUCUAAUAUUAAGUAGGUCUGAAUAGGAAUGGCGCAUCAGAUGAAUAUUGUUAAAAUGAAGAUAAAUCUAAUCAAAGCACAGAAGGCAGAAUUACAUGAGUCUGUAGAUGCCUUUGUAAAUAAGGUUGGUAUAAAUAAUAAAUAAAAUAAAAAUUGUUAAUUAUCCAAUUUUUGAUAACACUGUUAUGAAGCACACAAAUCUCAAUUUCAUUUUGAUCUCAAAGGUAAGUACAUCAUGAUAGUCAGUUAAGAAAUCAGGGAUCUAAAUUUAAGAACUAAUUUUGUUUAAAAUUUUUUAAUUCAAUUUUAUGACAAAUUUAUACUUUUUUUUUUUAUUGGUUAAGCAUAAUUUAAAAUAUUUUAGACUAGACAGUAGACACUAUGGGACACAAGGCAACAAAAAAACUUAGGGGGGUCCUCCAUUGUUUCUAGGUGUCCAUACCAAGGGAAAAAGGGAAGAGAUUAUCAAAAUUCUGUAAAAUUAUCAUUAAAGCUUUCCUUAUAUUGUUAUAUUGACACAAAUUGUUGGUGUCUAAUUAAUCUGAUCAAAACAGCAUUGUUAAAUAAUAACAAUGAUUUUCAUUUCUUGUUGAUCACACACAAAGACUGUUGAGCAAUAAUAUUGCUUAUAAAAAUUAUUAUUCAAAAUGUGAGGGUAUAAGUUUUUAUGACAUGUCUACAUACGUCAAAUGGGGACCUAGAUGAUUGACAUCAUUUAUGGAUAGCUCCAAUGGAGAGGAAAGUCAGUUCUCAAAUGCAGGUGAUAAAAAAUGGCAUUGAGAUUUGUGUUGACACAAAAACAAAUGAUGCUGGGGAUGCUUCUAGUAUGGACACCUAUACACUGGUCAGACAUAGUUGUUUACUUUUAUGAAAUAUUUUUUUUACUUUGUCUUGCAUCAACGUGUAUACUUGAAGGCAAGGUUCUAGUUGUCAAAACUUGGAGAUGUAAAGCAUCUUUUCUUUCAGCAUGCACCAGACUCACUGGAAACACAAGCCCCUGCUGUGAGUAAUGUGACAGAAAUAAAUGCAAUCCUGGAUACAGUGUUGGUAAUUUUGGUGCAGACUUGUAGUGCAUUUGGCAGUAAGUAUUUCAGACUUUUUGAAAGCUAUUUAGUUAAAAUUAUUUAACUAUUGUAUUUCUCUAAGGUAGGCCCACUAAAUAAGAAAUGUACAGGUUGCCUGUUGCCAUAGAUACAUAAAGACUUAAAGAGCCUACAUGCCAACCUUCAUAGGUAGAAAAUCAAUACAUAAUGUACGAAAAGCUAGAGUUCAAAUAAAGAAACUUUUAGUAAAGUUGAAGUACCAGGCAAAAAAACUGACAGCGUUGUGUACAUGCCUUACUCAUAGGGCGCACUAAACAAUUCAUCCAAAGUAUUUCUCAGUCACAAAAAUCAGCUGUUAAAUGCCAUGAACUUGAGUCCCUUGAUGAAAAUAUUGACUUAAAAGAGUGAGUAUUAUGAUUUUUUAACAGCCCGGGGAGAAUGAUAGUAAAUUCCAUUAGAUUGGGGAACAAAUGAAUUUUUAUAUAUUUUGGUCCCAACUUUGAGGAAAAGAAUUCUCCUUGACUGUGCUGAUCUUAGGUAUCUGUAAUGAAGAGAGAAGGAUGUACUGGUAGCUUCAAAACCUUUUUAAAAGUUUUACAAGUGCACAUUGGUUUAAAUAUUUAUUCAAGCGAAUGUAGUUUUAUUUGAGCGAUAUUACUUGCUUUCAUGAUAAGUCUAUUUAAAUGGUGUUUGAUGGGAAACAAUGAAUUCCCACCAGCAGGUAAUUCUGAAAUACAGAAGGCAACCCAUUGUUGCACUGUUGAGUAUGUUUAUAAUUUGUUUGCUAACACCAAAAUUGUGUAAUAUUUUUUAAGGAAGAAAAGUCUUUGGUUAACUUUUUAUAUAGAAUUAGGCUGUGGUCAUGCUAUGUUAACUUAUUAUUAAUGGUGACACCUAGAUACUUAUGAUGUCUCUACUUGCUCUACACUGUUGUUUUUUAAAUUGUUUGAUCUGAAUUUUGGUGAUUCCCCCAACAGAUAUUGAGAACCACUACUAUGUUUCUGAGACAUGCAACUGAAGAAAAUUUUCAUCCCACCACCAGAUAAAACUUUUACCGGCAUUUAUGUUGCAGUAUAAGCUUUCCCUUUUAGAUAUUAAGCUAACGAUGGUGAUGACAUCAGCAAAUUUAAUGAUUGAAACAGUGUUGCUUUGGGUUCUGGAUAUUAUUAUCAUUAUUAAAGUGAUCUUAUAUAGCGCGUAUCCCAGCCUAGAGCUAAGCUAACUGCGCUUCACUUAAAAAUUAGCAAAAAAGAAAAAAGGAAACAUGACAUUAAAAAACAGUUACAUAAAAUUAUUCAUUUAAAAACAGCUUUGUAAAAACAUUGACCUAGCCAUGGACGGCACCCAGCAGCAUCGAGCAUUAUUGGUGAGAGUGGGGUGAGAAUGAGUCGGAAUAGUAGUUUGACGAGAUGUGUCUUGAGUGCAGUUUUGAAGGCUUGGAUGGUCGGUACAUUGCAGAUGUGUUAUGGAAGAGAAUUCCAUUGUUUGGGGGCACAGAAAGAUCAUUCACCAUAUGUUUUAGUGCAUAUCUUGGGAACAGAAUGAGUAGGUGUGUCUUCGGAGGAACAAAGCUGCCAAAGAUGUGAAUAGACAGAAAGAAGAUCAGUAAUAUAGGAAGGGCAAGAAUCAGAGAAAAAGUUGUGACAGAGAACAGACAGCUUGUAAUCAAUGCAUACCUGUAAAAGGAGCCAAUGAAGUGAUGUGAUCACGUUUCUUUGCCUUUAGAACUAACCUAGCAGCUGAGUUUUGAACUUUUUGCAGUUUUUCUAUGAGGCGUUUUGGUGAACUGGUUUAUAUUGUGUAUACAGGCCAGGGAGAGAAAACAAACUUAAAAAAGUGAUGCUUGAUAUGUGUGUAUAUGUCAUAUGUACAAUAUAAUCCCAACAAAUAUCAUAUGUUUGUGUUAUUAAAGGAAGGAUAUCUCAUCUUCAUCUCUCUUCUUUAAAAAAUAUGUUAAUCUCACUUCUAUCGACUUAUGUAAACUUGUUUCAUUAUCAAAUUUUUCACAUUUCAAAUUUUAAUUAACCACACAGAAUAAGUCACUAACUUUAUUGUUUUCAGGUGAAAUUGAAAAUAUUACCCAAAACAUUCCAUUGUUGACAUUCAAAAAGCAAAGUGCUUUAGAUCAGCCAACUUCUGAUGUAGCAGCAUCAGCUCCUUGUAAGUUGCAAAUCUCUUCUACAUUUGUUAUAAGAUUUGUUGUUAUUAUGUUUUCAAAGUUAUUUGUAAAAAAAUGCAUUUUUCUAUGAAACAAAAAGGAAAAAAAAAGCAGUAAUAGUAAUUAGUUUUUUAAUUAUCUCUUGUGUAAAUAAAAAAGAAUCCAAAACCCACCACUGUUGUCAUAUCACUUGAAAUCACUGAGUAUAUAGUUUUCAUUAUACAGCUUUAAUUGAGUAUGCAUUCAUUCCUUUUACAAAUUUUAAUCAGUUUAAAACAUAACUACCGGUAAUGCAGUUUAAAUCAUGCACAAUAAACUGACUACUACGACAGUUGAAUUCUGAAGGGUCUGUUUUUACUGGAUUUUGGGGGUGGGGUGGCAAGACCCAAAUUUCGGCAGUGUCUGCUUUACAAAAAGUUAUUCAAGAAAUAGAAGGGGAGGGGGCCAGCGGCGAGACAAGCAACUGGUAGUUUAUUGUUUAACGGACAAUCCAGCAGUUUAACAGGGUGAGGAAGUUUUAAAAAAAUACGACAAAGAACCUUGUUAUAAUAUGAACUAAAUAGAGGGCUAAAUAAGAACAGGAUUCAAUGCUCCAUGGCCCACAUAUUCACUGCAUGACUCUAUCACCAACCCUAGGUUAUAUUAAAUCAGUGUUUCCCAUAAGGGUGGUCCAUUGUCAGAAUCCCUAGUAAGACCAAAGUUAUAAUUAUGCACAUCAAUAUACUUCCAUUGAAGCUCUUUAUUUUGAAACAGCCAUGAAAACUAAACUUAAAAUGGCUAUCAUUAAAUGGUAACAGUUAAUAGAGUCCUAUAGAAAUGGCUUAUCUUAGGGUAAAAAAUAUUUUAUGACACAUUUAAGAUCAAAUUAAAAGAAAUAAAUAAUGAAUAAAUCUGGCACCAAUUCCUGGUGCAGUGGAAGAGUUUGGAAGAGUUUUCCACCUGUCAAACUUAAAAGUUUUGGUAGCCCAGUUUUUAAUCAUGUGUGAACAAGUUAAUGGUUUGUGAAAAAUGGCCAUUAAGCUUAUUUCCUUAUUCUCAGGGGUCUUAAAUAUGCAACGUAGGAUUGAAGGGCUGGAAACAAGAACAAUCCAUGAAGAGCUCCCCCACACAGACUUAGAAAAAGAUAACCAGACACUGAGCAAAAUUGAGGAAUUGUCUGAUAAAAUACAACUUUUGAACUGUAGAUUAGAGGACAUGGAAAAGAAACAAACUACUAGUUUUGAAAGAGCAUUGGAGAAUGCUGCCAAUGUCAAAACCAUGGUCCAACAAAUGGAAGAUGAAAACAAACAAAGUUUUAUCAGCAAGAAUGAUUUUACUGAUUGGAUGGUAAAGAUGAAUAAAUCUGUAGAAGACUUGGGUAAUAAAUAUGAUGACACCCAGUAUGAUUUGGGUAAUUUGAUGGAGCAGAGCAAAGAAUGGGAUGAAGGUUUCAAAAGCAUUAAGGCCGCAAUGGUCACAUUGGAAACAACUGAAGAAAGCAUUGAGAAAUGUGUAAGAAAACAGCUUGAAGACCGAAAGGUAGAAGAUGUUGAGGAGUCUGGCUUAUGCCAACUAGAACAGAAGGUUGAAGACUUAGACAGCUUGGUAUGAAUUUAUUGAAAAUAUUUUGAAAUUAUCUUCCUGUAAUUGUAAUUACGAAUGUUAUGUGUUAGGCCUACCUGCAAAAUGUAUUAUUUUAGAUGGCAUUUUUAUGAUAGGUAGUAAAAUGUUCAAAGCAUAAACAUAAACAUAAUUUUAAAAAAUUUUUGUCAUUGUAAAAGUUGUUAUUGCUAAUAAUAGAUUAUCUGGAUUAUUUAUUUUAAAUUCAAUGGCAUACACAUUGUUGGAAAUAAAAUAUAGGGCCUAUCUUACUAUAAAUUAAAAAAAAAUAUUUAAGUUUUAAUUGCAAUGGAUUUCUUUAUAAAAUGAAAGUGCCGCUAACAAGAUAAAAGUUGGUUUAAUUGGGACUGCAAUAAAACUUAAGUAGACUCAUAAACACCAAUGAUAUAUGUAUUACAAAAGUAAAUUAAACACAUUGCUUUUUGCUUGGUUUUGAUUUAUUUCAAUGCUAUUAAAAGAUUGUUUUAUUCCAUUAUUUUUCGUUUUAAAUUAAAAGUUAUUUAAAUAUUUUUGGAAAAGUCAGUGUUGGAAAAAGUUUUUUUUGUUUUUUAAAGAUUAUUUUUUGCAAUAAAAUUCUCUCUAUUCCAGUGUAGGCAGAUAUGUCAACUGGUCGCUUCUAGACUUGAUUCCUUGUUUAAACUCCAAAUGAUUUUGAACGAAAAGAAACUCAAGGAUGAGGUAAAAGACUGUUGUCCUGCAGUUCAGAAAUUAUUGUUUCAUUUUUUACUCAAGUGCCUUUGGAUUUUUUAAAUAGCACAACCUAUAUUUUAUUAAUAUAGACUAAUAAUAUAUUACCCAAUUCACCCUUCCAAUCCCAUGUCAGUUAACUUUAUAUUGCAAACACAAUAUUUUUUUAAAACCCUUUUAUAAUUUAAAAAAAAUUACUACUCUAUAUAUAUUGAUUGAAAGCUGUAUGUCUAUCGACGAAACAUGCAGUUUAUAUAUGAUUCUGGUUCUUGCAGUCAUAGAAAUUUUAGCGGCUACAGUUAUAGAAUUGGGAACCUCUUAAAUAAUAUUGUAAAGUUAACUAGGAAUACUUAUUUAUCUAUUUAGAUCUCAGGCAACAAAAUAUUUCAAGAACUUUUCAUAUUAAUUGUACAUUAAUAUAUAAUUAGCACAGUCCAACACAGUAUUUGUUAAAAAAUCUGCUAGUAGGUAAUGAUAUGAUUUUAAAAUAAUUUUAUCAUUGUUUCCCCCAGCACUGUGCAAGUAUUUUUUAUCAGAUUAAUGAAAAAUAUGUUUCAAUUUUUAAAAUGUCAACUUUACCAACAUACUUUAUUUCUAGAUCCAAACAAAAAGCAUUCCAGAAUAUUCCUAUCCUUUACUGUCAUUUGGUAAGUCAUAAUUGAGCCAAAAAAUAUUUGGAGCUUCCAUAAAUCAUUGUUUUUAAACGUUCUGCCAGUUUCAGAAAAAUGAAGUUACUACUAAUGUGCUGCCCCCAUUGCGUUAUUUUUUUAUUUCUAUGAUGGUCCCUGGCUAAUGGAAAAAUAUCAAAAACGGAAGCUAAUGUUAUAUUUUAACAGUUAAGAGUUAUGAACACCACCAUCUGGUAUUAUAGUUUCUGCGAAAAUUAUAUCCAAAUUUAAAAUCUUCACAUCCCGGGCUUUGUUAAAAGAAACAAGUUCUUUGAUUGCUGUCUAUUUCAGCGGCUUUUAACCUUUUUGUUGCUCUGUAUAUUCACAAAUAACUUUCUAGAUAUUACAACAGUAAUAUUAAGCAAAGUGACUUAUGGUAGUCCGCCGUGCUUAUGAUGUAAGUUGUGACAUAAUUACUUCAUUGCUCUUGCGAAUCAAAGAGUGGAGGGAUUCAUAACAAAAAUUUGAAAGAGUGCAGUGCUUCCUAAGUGUUUUCAAUAUGCCUCACCUCAUAACCUACAGCAAUAACCACAAAGUCUGUUUGCAGAACAGAAUACUCAUUUUUAAAUUUAAAAAAUGUAUAGUAACUGAAUGCUGAAAGUAUGAAUAGUUUCUUUUUAGAGUAACCCUUUUUCAAUAAAAGCCAUCUGUAUUUCAAUAAUAAUUUUAAUUUUUUAUAUUUAGUUUUAAGAAUAAGACUGCCAUUUUAGGUCUUUCCCAGCAGCUUCUUUUUAAGCAUUAACAGUUAAAAUCAACUGAAAAUUUCUAGGAGGAAGGGGCACCAACAUUUUGAACUGCCUGGGAUGCUAAAAUUGCUAGGCUGGCCCUGGAUAGAGUAUUCCUGCACCUAGAAUUAUUGCCACCUGGGAUGGACCAAAAUCUUUUCCAGACCUUCUUUUAACGAAAAACUCAGCAGUUGGAUGAAAAUACAGCACCUCCAAAAAAAAAGAAAAAAUAUCGCACAAGACUGAACCCCCCCAACCACCCUGGUUUCUAAGCCACUGUCCCAGAGAUCAUAUGUCCUAUAAUCUACAAAUCGCCUCCCUGUGUGUGUGUGUGGGGGGAGGGGUACAUCGCAAGUUUGGAAACAUUUGUUUGGGUGACUUGACUUCAUUUUAAUUAUCUUGCAGGUCAUACUGGUUGAUAACUAAAUAGAUUUUUUUCCAAAGAAUUUGGUCUAAUUUAUUCUGUAUCUGAUUUCCCAGAAGAGGGUGCUUGUUCCCAAGAGGAUAAUGACAAUGAUGAUGACAGCAAUGAGGACAGCUAUGGCUUUACAGCCUACUUCGAUGCUGUGUGUUCUGUUGAACAAAACGAACAAUUAUCAUGCUUCGCUGACAUCCUUCAUGAUGAGUCAAACGACUUUGAUGAAUCCACAGGGGAAUUUACAGCACCGAUCAGUGGACUUUAUUUAGCCUCUGUUGGGUUAAGACAGGUGGGAGAUGGCAAGAUAAGGGUGCAUGUGAAAUGCAGGUCAGGGAAUGGUCAGGUUGCUGUGGUCUGCAAGGCCAUGAGUUGCGGAGAUGGCUCAAGCAGCUGUGGUAUUGGUGUUGUUAGGAUGGAUGCUGGGGACACGCUUUUUGUUAAGGUCACAAGUAUAGAAGAGGAGCCUCAGCUGUCUCCAUUUACAAGUUUCACAUGCUGUUUGUUAAAUUAACGUAAUUCAUUACAUAAAUACGACUCAAUAGGUUGAUUCAUUUUGUCAACUGUGAUAAUUGGAAAGAAGGCAAAACUGAACACAAUUUGAAAUUACUUUAUAGAGACUUUCUUCAGAUUGAUGGUGUCCUACUUGUUUGUAUUAAAAAAUAAUGCUUUAAAUACCUAGGGGAUUAAUUGAUUACAUUUAACCCCAAUAUCAGAAUGUUGAGGAUUUCAAUUAAGUGUUUAAAAAAAAAAAAAAGUUAUUAUGCAUUUAUUUUAAUGAAGUUUUGAAUGUAAAAAAAGAAAAAUGAUAGAGCAGAUAAAUUUUUUUUUAGUGUACAUUAUGUCAUAAAUGUUUUGUUUUACUGUCAUUUCUAACAUAUUGCCAGUAGAGAUUAGACUGCAACUACAAUGUAUGUUUAAGGUUUAUUCUGCCUUAAUGUUGCAGUCUUCAGAAGUUGUACAGAAAUAAACCAGUCCCUAAAAAUAAAUAAAUCCGUUACAUGCAUUUAUGGGGGAUUUUAUGUCAUUCUACAUGAUUUAUCAUUUAUGUGAUUGUAGCAACUGAUUUGGGAAUGGUUUAUGUCAUUCUACGUGAUUUAUCAUUUAUGUGAUUGUAGCAACUGAUUAGGGAAUGGUUUAUGUCAUUCUACGUGAUUUAUCAUUUAUGUGAUUGUAGCAACUGAUUAGGGAAUGGUUUAUGUCAUUCUACGUGA